AAGUGGUAUUAACGAUCUCGGGUAAUUAAUAUUGAUGUUUGUUUGUUUUUAUAUAACUUUACUUCCCGAUUUCCAUUGUCAAUAAAACUUCUCAGGACAUCGACUGGGCACCCGCCAUACCAGCGAAACUGUUUGUGCACUUCGAUCGCACACGUCCUCACCCGAUAUAGCGCGAGCAGUGCAAUCGUCGAAAUCACCAGAACGUCGAAUUCAGCUCGUGUUGGGACACAUUGUGUUAAGGAAUAUUACCGCUAUCAACAUGAUGUCAAGUCACCCCAUCCCUUCACCCAACGUAGUUACCAGCGAUCGAGGACAGAUUCAGAUAAUCUUUGGACCUAUGUUCUCAGGCAAAACCACCGAGCUAAUGAGAAGGAUGAAGAGAUACAUGAUAGCUAGCUUCUCAUGUAUGAUCUUGAAAUCCGCCAAAGACGACCGGUACGACAAGCACGACAUCUCUACACACGACCGAAUCAUGAUGCCCGCCAUUGCUGCUUAUGAACUGAUGUCUCACACGCCUGAGGCUCUGAAGUGUGACGUCAUCGGUAUUGACGAGGGACAGUUCUUUCCUGACAUUGUGGAAUUUGCUGACGCCAUGGCAGAGAAGGGGAAAAUUGUCAUUGUGGCAGCACUGGACGCGACAUUCCAGAAGAAGGGUUUCGGAGACAUCUUGAAUCUUGUGCCGCUAGCUGAACACGUGGUGAAGCUGUCUGCUGUCUGCAUGAACUGUUACAACGAGGCGUCGUUUUCAAAGAGGAAAGGGAAUGAAACAGAGGUCGUGUUGAUUGGAGGCCCAGAGAAAUAUCUCGCUGUCUGUCGUGCGUGCUUCCGGUUAAACCAUCAACAAAACACUCCUACCACCGAGUAGUUCUCGCCAGUACUGACCAGCCUUCUCUGAGGUUGAAGAACAGAUGUCUGUCAUUCCUGUUUGAAACAACAGUUAUUUCAAGUGUUUCCAUUUUUCUUUCAGUUGAGAAGGGUGUUGCAGAUCUACAUGUUCACGGCAACAUGUUACUGUCAUACAUUCAACCUGAAUGUUAUGUAUUACACAUAUAAUAACCUUGACAUUAUAGUAACCUUUUUAGGGUUUAUAUUUGGUCUAGGAUAAUUAUAAUACCUAGAAUUUGUUGUCGGGGAAUUAGCUUGGGACCGCAACACCUUCAAAUAACCAAGAGAAGCAUCGAUUAGUGGCCAGUCUUUAUUCGGUGCAUUUCAUGAGUGAAUUAUAUAAAACAUCAGCAUUUCAAACUUGGACAAUUAAUACAUAAUAUGAAAAUCAUGUGAAUUAAUAAUUACAUAAACCUUACUGACAAUAUACCUUACAAUAAACAGUGACCAAGAUUAAACGGAAGUGAGGACACUUCAUAUUAUAUUGGAAACAUAAUACACAUGAUGUAGCGCAGCUGAGAAAUAUGCGUAGAGAAUGAUGAGGUAACUGUUCAGUAAGACACUUAGUACAUGUGCUAUCAAUUGCUAAAAUAAUCUUCUAUGGAAGUCGUAAAUGAUAGGCGUUAUAUAGUUUGCUACAUCCCAACAGAAUACAACCUAAGCAGAAUAAUAAGAAUACACAAAUAAUAUAAAUGUUCAGUCUGCUAGUUGAAUCAUAUGACCACAUCUGAAUAUCUAGACGGUCGCGAAUUACUAAAGAUCAUAUGCCGAACGGCAUGUUAUUGAAUAAGUACACAUAUACAUACUUAAACCUUUACAGUACUGAGAACGUAGCAAUAUGUGAGCAACAGAAUGAAACAACAAUGUUUAUGUGCGCUCAGUAGUUUUGCGUGUACCGUAUUGUAACCUCACAUAAUAUGUACAUUGUUUAAACAUUGGUUGAUGAAAGGUAGCAUGGAACAUUUGAGUUAAACACAUAUAAUAAUCAUUUAGAAAUACAUUCACUGACAUUCACUUUCAUUGCAAACACGCAAUCAAAUAUACAACACGUGCGCAAGAAUUGCUUUGCUUCCACGAGCCCAAUCAUAUGUAAUUGUGAUAUACUGAACCUAUAUUAUGUCUUAACGUCACUACAUUAUACUGUAAACUAUUUUGAUGUAAGAUUGUUAGAUUUGUUCUACAUGGUCUGACACAACUAUGAUACAGAUAUUCCUUGUUGUACUUAUUCAAUACUGCAUAGUUUAAAUGAUGAUAUUGGCAUAAACUAACGGUAUGGAACGUAAUAGAAAACAGAAAAUAUGAACAUAAUUUAAGAACAUACAAUGAAUGAAUUGAACAUGGCUUACCUUCAAAUAACCAAGAGAAGCAUCGAUUAGUGGCCAGUCUUUAUUCGGUGCAUUUCAUGAGUGAAAUAUCCCGAAUAAAGGCCGUUAUAUAUACCACCGAUGCUCUCAGAGUUUGUGAUAUGGUCGCGCGUUCAAUGGUCACUUAUUUAAACAAUACUUACAAAUGCUGCUAAUCUACACUGCUGACUAAAUCUUAAGAUUACCUCGUAGCUUUGAAAGACUUGAGAGUGCAGAAAUGACCAAAUUUAUCUAACAGUUUUCUCGGAGAGCGUGUUAUCAUAGAGUAAUGUUUACUUCUCUCUCCGGACAUGUCGUCUUAACAGUUAGCACAUAAGGCUUAUCAAGAAAACUUGGGAAUGAAGACGAGCGUAUAUCGAUACUGACAGAUUAUAGACUUGGGCCGGACCAUGCAUGUAGUCUUAAAGCUUAACACAUAAUGCUAAUUAUCUUACAACUUGGAAAAUGAAGAUCAACACUAACUGAGACAGCGUUUAGUAUUCUCGUUAUUGAAUAAAAUAUACAACAUGUGCUGUUUAGUCCUAUUUUAUAAAGUCACAAUUAUUUAUAUAAGAUUGAGGAAAAUAUGACGUAUUUUAGAACUAUGAUACACAGAACAAUAAACCCAUUGUUUUUUAUAUACACAAAGAAAGUAUACAUAUACCUACAAACUAUUUCUUAUUAAAGUAUUUCAGUAAUUGA